GAUGCAGUGCACUGACCUGGGCAUGGCUCCGCUCCGGAUCCAAGCCCUAGGCUCGCUUCUACGAAGCAGCGGCGAACUUUGCCACAAGGCCCUCAACAAGGCCACAGCGACGUUGCAGAUGGCAGACGAAGUCCUUCUCUGCAUCGACGCAAGCCAGGUGGAGGUGGAGUGGAACGAGCCGGAAGGGGCGUUCCAGGAGCCAGCAAUGGCUUUUGGAACGCCCUUCUGUGCGGCUCUCUUCGCUCGUCUCCGGCUUGCCGAGGCAAUCGACUUCGAAGAAGCGGAGAAGCUGUGGGCUUAG